AUGGAACUGCCACUGAUUACUCAUGAACAUUUGGAUAACGGGUAUUCUCCGGGUUGUUCGCCUUUUUCUGUCGAUUCUGGCUAUUCCGAUGGAUCAGAAAUCGAUUUGCCUCUGGAGGAACCAAGAAGUGACAGUAUUCGAACGCGCACUAGUAGCAACGAUGUCGAUUCUUAUCGAUCUAGCCCGUCUCCAGAAAGUCGACCGAUUCGUUACAACAUUAUAAAACGUCUUGGUUCAGGAAGUUUCGGCGAAGUCAGUCUUAUUGCUAAUCCACUUAGUCAUAACGUGUUAUCGCGUCGUGAAAUUGCUCUAAAACGUAUUAAUAUGGCGAGGUUAAACCCAAAACAACGGGAAGAAGUGGAGUACGAGGUUGCCCUACACGAAACGCUGACUAAAUCAGAUGACAGUCACAUCGUUCAUUGUUAUGGUGCAUGUGACGACUUGGUAAUGGAAGAAAAACAUAUCUACUUGGAAUACGUAGACGGAAGUGAUCUUUUCGAACUGGCUAUGAAUAAAGGAGGUGUAGGCAAGUCAGCUGCAAAACACUUCUUUCGGCAGCUGCUGGAAGGGCUUGCCUUUUUGCACGAUUUGUCAGUUGCUCACAGAGAUAUCAAGCCGGAGAAUUUGCUUAUCGAUAGACGAGGUACUCUUAAAAUAGCGGAUUUUGGCCUUGCUGAUUGUUAUCGCGAGUCACCAGAAGAGCCAGACCGUCGACUUUCGCGUAUUUGUGGAUCCUACGAAUAUUUGUCUCCGCAAGUACUCGAUAAUGACUAUAGUGGCCCAAAAAACGACAUCUGGGCAGCUGGUUGCGUGCUGGUGGUAAUGCUUACGGGUGACUUGCCGUGGGAUAUAGCAGCUCGAAGCGAUCCUGCCUUUCUGAUGUGGUUAAGGGGUGAACUACCUCCUGUUCUGAAAAGAAUCGAUAGCGAGGCUUUAUCAAUUAUACGAGAUACCCUUGUAGUGGAUGAACUGUUACGCCCAACAGCAAAGGAGCUCUUAAGACAUCCAUGGUUAUCCCCGUCAAGUAGAAGGCGAUCUAAAAAUGUCGACAACGUCGGCCCUCUAAAGCGAGCAAAGAUGCAGCAAUGCUGA